GCGAGAUGCAGUCAGGAGCGCUUCUCCUUUGAUUCGCUCACAGAGGAUCUUCCAGAUUCGAGUUCCUGCACUUGUUUGAUAUGCUCCCCCAUUCGACGCCCAAAUUCAGGAAAUCAUAUACGGGGAGACGAAUGCAUUCAAAACCCACAAGCUCAUGAUCGUGAUCCUCAUGGUGGCUCCGUCGUCGAUGCCGACAUGAAGAUCCCCGCCGAACCAUGAACCCACUCCCAUCAGACUUCUCUGAUAACGAUAACCCUGAUAUCACAACCACCACUGAUGACGAAAUCCCAGACAGCGACGACGCGAUGUUGAACCUCGAUAAUGCCACUACUAGCCCUUCCCGUAAUACCCCGGGCGAAAAUACACAUCGCAGAAACGAUAACUACCUCUCCUUCGUAGAUGGUAUCUUGCAGCGUGAGUUUGCCGAUGAGGCACUGGUCGCUGAAUACAUGGCUCGGCAUCGGCGACAACGAGGACAACCACGACGGGGUCGACAGAUGGAUCAAAGUCCUAGUGGAAACGGUGAUGGUAACUCUCGUGCUAGAGAUGGAUCUAGCGAGUCUAUGAAGAGGCUGUAUCAGUAUCGAGAAUAGGUUUUUUUUUUUUUUUUCCCUUGCUCUGCUUUGCUCUCCUUGUCUUUUUGUCAGAUUUCCUCUCGUAAUCUUGCUAUCUCCAGACCACUAGCCACCUGGCCCUUUUCGAAGUCCGACUGCGUUCAGGUAAAAUUGUAAGAAAAUAAUAAAGAAAUGGAAAGCAAAGCCCAUUCUCU